CUUAUCCAGGCAUUACCAGAAAUGAUUUCCUCAAGUGCAUAUGGGUCCAAUUCUUGGGACCUGGUGGUGAUAGUCGAUCAUCAGUAUGAAGCCGUGCAAAAGGAAUUUACACUACAGGUCUCAGGGGAUCUUCAUAUUGGAGGAGUGAUGCUGAAAUUAGUAGAACGAAUUAAAAUAUCACAGGAUUGGUCAGAUUAUGCUCUUUGGUGGGAGCAGAGAAAAUGUUGGCUUCUGAAAACCCACUGGACACUGGAUAAAUGUGGGGUGCAGGCAGAUGCUAAGCUGUUCUUCACUACUCAGCACAAAAUGCUGCGGCUUCGCUUGCCAAACAUGAAGACCGUGAGACUGAAAGUCAGCUUCUCUUCUGUAGUAUUCAAAGCUGUCAGUGACAUCUGCAAAAUUCUCAAUAUCAGACGGUCAGAAGAACUCUCUUUGUUGAGGCAAUCAGAAGAAGUCCUUAAAAAGAAAAAGAAAAAAGACAAGAAUGGCAAAGAACCAGUUACAGAAGAUAUUUUAAACUUGUGCAACUCUCCAGUGACUUCUGGAUUGCCAGCAAGUCCAGGUUUAUACAGUAGAACCAUGACACCUACUUACGAUCCUGUCAGUGGGACACCAGCUUCUUCCACAAUGACUUGGUUCAGCGACAGUCCCCUGACUGAGCAGAACUGCAGCGUCCUCGCCUUCAGUCAUCUCAACUGUUCUCCCGAAACACUAGCAGAGAUGUAUCAGCCUCGGACUUUAGCUGACAAAGCAAAACUUAAUGCAGGUUGGCUAGAUUCAUCUCGAUCACUAAUGGAACAAGGCAUUUUGGAGGAUGAUCAACUUCUUUUACGCUUUAAAUAUUACACUUUCUUUGAUUUGAAUCCAAAAUAUGAUGCAGUGCGAAUAAACCAGAUAUAUGAACAAGCCCGCUGGGCCAUCCUUUUGGAAGAAAUUGACUGCACAGAGGAAGAGAUGCUGAUCUUCGCUGCACUACAGUACCAUGUAAGCAAAUUAUCAUUGUCAUCGGAGGCACAAAAUUUCACCUGUGAAUCAGAAGUAGAUGAAGUAGAAGCUGCACUUUCUAAUCUGGAAGUGACAUUACAAGGUGGAAAAGCAAGUAAUAUUUUGGAGGACAUCACAGACAUCCCGAAACUUGCUGAUAAUCUCAGGCUAGUUAGGCCCAAGAGGCUGUCACUGAAAUCCCUCAAGCAAUACUGGUUUGUUUUUAAAGACACUUCAAUAUCUUAUUUUAAAAAUGAGGAAUCUGGGCAGGGAGAACCUAUUGAGAAACUAAACCUAAAAGGAUGUGAAGUUGUACCAGACGUAAAUGUUGCAGGGAAGAAGUUUGGAAUCAAAUUACUAAUUCCUGUUGCUGAUGGCAUGAAUGAAGUAUAUUUAAGAUGUGAUAACGAGAAUCAAUAUGCCCACUGGAUGGCUGCUUGCAACUUAGCUUCAAAGGGCAAAACAAUGGCUGAUAGCUCUUACCGUCCUGAGGUCCACAAGAUCCUUUCGUUUUUGAACUUGAAGAACUGGACAGUGUCUGCUCAGGUUGUCUCCGACCCAGAAGGCAUGGACAUGAAACCAGAAUGCUUUGUGUCACUACGUUAUACAAAAAAAUAUAAGCCCAAGCAGUUGGCUGCUCGUAUUAUGGAAGCCCACCAAAACGUAGCCCAGAUGUCCCUAGUGGAGGCCAAGCUGCGUUUCAUUCAAACAUGGCAGUCCCUCCCCGAGUUUGGCUUAUCCUACUACAUUGUAAGGUUUAAAGGAAGCAAGAAGGAUGACCUGCUUGGAGUGUCCUAUAACAGGCUCAUACGGAUAGAUGCAGCCACGGGAGACCCUAUCACAACAUGGAGGUUCUCCAACAUGAAGCAAUGGAAUGUGAACUGGGAAAUACGCCAGGUUACGAUUGAGUUUGAUCAGAAUAUGUAUAUUGCUUUCACAUGUCUGAGUGCAGACUGCAAAAUCAUCCAUGAGUAUAUUGGGGGCUACAUCUUCUUGUCAACCCGCUCCAAAGGCCAAAAUGAAGCAUUGGAUGAAGAUCUGUUCCAUAAAUUAACUGGAGGUCAGGAAUAAGGUGAAGGAAGCCCUUCCUCUUUCCCCCAGCUAAAAGGACCAGAGAUUAAACAGGACUCAUGGUUAACUGCUGGCUAAUAAAUAUACUGUAUGCUACAGUCCUGCAAUAUGACUGAACUAGUUCCAUCUUCUUCAUAAAAUAUUGAAGCCAAGGUCACUGGAUGGAGUAUGGCAGCUCCAUCAU